AUGCGUUUUAACUUCCUCUUGAUGACUACCGCGGUCGCAGCCGGCAUCGCUGCUGCUGCCCCUGUCAAUGGAACCGCGCCUGGUCACUCCGCGAUUGCAGCUGCUACCCCGACCCCUGCCAUCGCCUCUAACCAUACCGAAGGUGUCGAUGCUCACAAUUUCGCAAAGGUUGAAGGAAAUGCUGCUGCUUCUGCAAUCGCCCCUGGCCACUCCGCAAAUGUCGAUAUCCAGGACCUCGGAAAGCUUGAAGGAGACGCUGCUGCCCCUGGUAUCGCCUCUAACCACACCGACACUGUCGAUGGUCAGGAUGUCGGAAAGGUUGAAGGAGACUCUGAUGCCCCUGGCAUCGCCGUGAACCACACCUUAAAGGCCGCUCUCGGACUCCCCGUGACGAUCGAUGUCACCAUGUACACCUCGACAGGCCGAGAGUUUACGGUCCCCAUCAACUUGCAGCACAUGUGCCCUUGGUUCAGCCUCGGCCACCACUGCCGCUUCUGGGCGUAG